AUGAAUAAUACAAGGUCAUCAAAUAACAAAAAUGGUAGCAAUAGUACCAUAAAUGCAUUAGAAACUCCCAGGUCACCAUCACGAUCUACUCGAACUAUGAAUCCCCCGAAACUAAAUGAAAUGGGAAUACAAUCAUCACCUCCUAGAAGACGAAAUAACAAUACAAUAUUCAGCGAUAGAUACAUUCCCAAUAGAACUGGUGUUGAUCUCCAGGCAGCAUUCAGUUUAUCACACGAAGAAAUACUACCUGAUUUAAGAAGGAAUGUGGAUAACGAAAUUGAAGUUAGACGAGAGGAGGAAGCUAAUCGAACCUUUUCAACUGUUUUGAAAGCAGAAUUAUUUGGUGAUAAUGUACCCAUGGCCACAGCAAAUUUAACUAAUAGCACAACAAGCACUGGUGUUACAACUAGUCGUCCGAAACAAGCUCGCACAAUAGCUACUAGUGGAACCACAAGUUCAAGUAUGUCUUCUACUCCUCCCCCUCCAGCAGCAGCAGCAGCAGUAGCAGCUACCCAACGUUCAUCGAACUCAACAUCUUACUUCCCUGGAUCAGCUGGCUCGUCAAUAACCGCUGCUAUUGGAAACACAAAUGGUCAUGGUUCUUCAUCAACUACUAUCACCACAAAUACUUCGAAUAACAACAACAUUUCUAGUACCAGCCUGGCCAACGAUAUCGAUGAUGUGACGAGUACACCUAGACGAAAGACAAACUUGUUUACUUAUCAAUCUCCCCAGAAGACUCGACCGAUAUCACGAGAUUUGCAACAGGAACUAUAUUCGUUGUCACCUGUACGACAAGAUUCACAGAAGCUUUUGUUAUCACCACAGAAGAAGCCAAGGACAAUCUCCAAGGUUCCAUACAGAGUUUUGGACGCCCCUGAGUUGUCUGAUGAUUUUUAUCUCAAUUUGGUUGAUUGGGGUCAACAAGAUGUAUUGGCAGUUGGAUUGGGUGAUAGUGUAUAUUUAUGGGAUGGUGCCACACAAUCAGUGGACAGGUUAUGCAAUUUGACUAACAAAGACAAAGUUACAAGUUUGAAUUGGAUAGGUACAGGUACCCAUCUAGCGAUUGGAACAUCGAAAGGGUUAGUCGAGAUAUGGGAUGCAACCAAGAUCAAGUGCAUUAGAACAAUGACCGGUCAUUCUCUUCGAGUCAGCUCAUUAGCUUGGAAUGAACAUAUAUUGAGUAGUGGAAGUCGAGAUAGAACAAUUUUGAACCGUGACGUUAGAAUCGAGGAUCAUUAUGUGAACAAGUUUGAGAGCCAUAAACAAGAAGUGUGUGGUUUAAAAUGGAAUGUCGAAGAAAACAAGCUUGCUAGUGGUGGCAAUGAUAACAAUUUGUUUGUUUGGGAUGGUUUAAACACCAAACCAUUGCAUCAGUUUACUGAUCAUACGGCUGCAGUAAAAGCUAUUGCAUGGUCUCCUCACCAACGUGGAAUCUUGGCUUCAGGUGGAGGCACCGCCGACAAAACUAUUAAAACAUGGAAUACGUUGACUGGAAGUUUAGUUCAUGAUGUCAAUACAGGAUCUCAAGUAUGCAAUUUGAUUUGGUCAAAGAAUUCGAAUGAAUUAGUAUCAACUCAUGGAUAUUCUAGAAAUCAAAUAAUAGUUUGGAAAUAUCCAUCCAUGCAGCAGAUAGCCCAAUUGACGGGUCAUACUUAUAGAGUCUUGUAUUUGUCAUUAUCACCCGAUGGAGAGACUAUCGUUACUGGUGCUGGUGAUGAAACAUUAAGAUUCUGGAACGUUUUCGAGAAGAAUAGACACAACGAAUCACCUGCAUCAGUUUUACUAGGCGCGUUUCUGCAGUUGAGAUAA